AGUGGCACAGUAGUUCACGUGUGGCUUGCCGGACAGAUAUAAGCCUGUACACUUCUUUGGACCAUGAAGACACGUGGUAAUACGUGUCGCCAAUCACACGACGCGAUUCACACCGGCGAACCCAAAUAAGUACUCUGACAUGCGGAUAGAAUCCUUGUCUGAAGUCUGAACAAGCUAAGCCACACGAAUGGAGCGCGCGAGCUGGCUGCUGCUGGCGACGCUCGCCAUCUCGCUCCUCUGCUACCUCGCCAACCUCCGACGGCGCUCCGGCGCUCCGCGGCGGCCGCCCGGCCCCCGCCCGCUCCCGCUGAUCGGCAACAUCCUCGACCUGCGCGGCGGCAACCUCCACCACACGCUCGCGGGCCUGGCGCGCGCCCACGGCCCCGUCAUGCGCCUCGAGCUCGGGCUCGCCGCGGCCGUGGUCGUCUCCUCCCGCGGAGCGGCGAUGGAGGCGUUCACGAGGCACGACCGGCGCCUCGCCGCGCGGGCCGUGCCGGACGCAGUCCGCGCGCUCGGGUUCGCUGACCGGUCCGUUGUGUGGAUGCCGAGCUCCGACCCGCGGUGGAAGAACCUGCGCGGCAUCGUGGCCGCGCACAUCUUCGCGCCGCGGAGCCUCGCCGCGGCGCGCGGCGUCCGGGAGCGCAAGGUGCGGGACCUGGUGGACUACCUCCGCGGGCGCGCCGGGGAGGAGGUGGAGGUCGGCCAGGCCAUGUACGGCGGGGCGCUCAACCUCCUGUCGAACGCCUUCUGCUCCGCCGACGUGGUCAACGUCGGCGCCGGGUCGGCGCAGGGGUUACGGAAGGUCGUGGAGGACCUCGUCUCGCUGAUCGCGAAGCCCAACGUCUCCGACCUCUUCCCGUUCCUCCGGCCGCUUGACUUGCAAGGACGCCGGCGACACGCGGCCAGGCAAAUCGAGAAAGUUUUGCGGGUCUUGGAUGGUAUCGUUGACCGCCGGCUGGCUUCCUCCGCCUCCCCCACGGACAAGCAGCAAGGUGACUUCCUCGACACGCUCCUCGAGCUCAUGUCCACGGGCAAGAUCACCCGCGAGGACGUGACGACCAUCCUGUCCGACGUCUUCAUCGCCGGCAGCGACACUAUCGCCAUCACGGUGGAGUGGACGAUGGCCGAGCUCCUCCGCAACCCGACCGCCAUGGGCAAGGUGCGCGCGGAGAUCAAUGGCGCUCUCGGCGGCAAGGACGCCAUCGAGGAGCCCGACGCGGCGGGCCUGCCGUACCUCCACGCCGUGAUGAAGGAGGCGAUGCGGCUGCACCCGGUGGCGCCCAUCCUGCUACCGCGCCGGGCCGCCGAGGACGGCGUCGAGAUCGGCGGCUACGCGGUGUCCAAGGGCUCCACGGUGAUCUUCAACGCGUGGGCGAUAAUGCGCGACCCGGUGUGCUGGGAGAGGCCCAACGAGUUCAGGCCGGAGAGGUUCCUAGACGAGGCGGCCAAGGUGGACUUCCGGGGCAAGGACUUCGAGUUCAUCCCGUUCGGUUCCGGGCGGAGGGUGUGCCCCGGCGUGCCCAUGGCGGAGCGCGUGGUGCCGCUCAUACUGGCAUCGCUGCUGCGCGCGUUCGAGUGGCGACUGCCCGACGGCAUGUCCAGCGAGAAGCUGGACGUGCGCGAGAAGUUCACCACCGCCAAUGUCAUGGCUGUCCCUCUCAAGGCCGUGCCUGUCAUCGUCGCCUAGUUUCUGCUGGGCGUUGGGAAGGGUGGCACUGGCAAUACGGCAUUUAUGAAGUGCAACAAACUAACUGUUCAUCCGCUCCCUAUCCUGUCUCCCAGCUCAAUACUACUCCGCCUCCGAUGAUAAACGUGGAAGCAUAUAAGAUCAUAAAAAGGACACACGACGGCUUUAUAUCCUGGGGCAACGACCAUGAGUACUCCCUGGUAAAAAGUGGCUACAGUGAGCAGGUACAGUUAAACAGUUGCCGCCGUCCAAAUCAGUCACCGAAUCGUCUCCUGGUUACCUGGACUGGCCUAUCAACCCGUUCUCAAUAUAAUUAGAAUUAAUAUAAAAGUAAAAUUUAUAGCUAAUAAUUAUAAUUAUUUAUCCACGUCCUCUUUUAUCUACUAAAUAUUCUAAUACAUACACUAAAAUACAUAUUUAUCAUUAUCUAGUUGUAAUAAAUUUCAUUUUACAUCAUACCUCUAUGCGUGUUUGAUAUAUAUUU